AUGAAACUAAGAAAAGACUCAAAAGGAGAUUUAAGUGACCAUGAGACUUCAUCUGAAGGUAUCAAAAAAGAAGUUAUUUCAGCUCUUUUACGAGAAGAACCAUCUUCAUCAACCAAUUCCCAAGAGCAAGGUCAGCAUUCACCAGAUAUCCAGGGUAAUGAAAGAAAACCAACCACCUCAGCUCCCAAGGAUUCUCCACCACCUUCAUCCUCAGACCGUGAUAAUUUCAAUCCAUAUGUAAAUUUUCAAUCCGACUACUCAGUACAUCUCCAACAACACGCAGAAUCAAAACAACAACAACAACCACAAGACCAACCACAACCACCCACAUCUCAAGACUCAUCAAACUUUUUCUUCAAAGUAGGCAGACCCCGCACAUCCACCACCACCACCGCAUCCAAAACCGCCGACCAAUUCAAAGUGAAAAAAUUCAACAGUAAAACUCCAAAACCAAAACCAACAAACCCCAGACCUCACGCAUGCACCUUCGAAGGCUGUAAUUGGUCCUUCGCCCGUCAAUCUGAUCUUCGAAGACAUGCCCGAUCCCAUGUCGCUCCAGCUUUUCAAUGUCCGUAUUUCCGUAAUGACCCCACUUGUCAUCGAAAUGGAGGGGCAUUUAAUCGAUUGGAUGUGCUUAAACGACAUUUGAGAUUGGUGCAUUAUGUGAAAGAUAAACAUCAAAUCAUGCCCGGAGGAGGGAGUGUGAGUCGUGUGAAUGGAGAGACGUCGAAGGAUGAUCCGGGGUGGUGCAGGGCUUGUCAGAGGAUGUUUCCGAAUCUGAGGAUUUUUGUUGAUCAUUGUGUGGAUUGUGCUCAGAGUUUGACGCCUGCUGAAUGGAAGAAGAGUGGGAAUGGAGAGAAAGGUGGGGAAGAGGAUGUUGGGAGAUAUAGCAAUGAAGAGAAGGCGACUGCUGCUUUGAUUAUUGCACAAGCGGCGGCUGCUUCAGGAGAUGUAGAGGAAGAACAUAACGCUAGUGAUCAAUCAAACUAG